AUGGCCAAGGACACAGAGGAAUCUGCAGAGAUUUUUGGAGAGAUUAACCUCACUCUCGGCAUGCUGAACAAGGAAGAUAAUAUUAGCAAGGAAGACAUUUAUGGUCAUCUCACUUCCGUUAUUCAGAAUACUGACAUCUUGGACCAUGCAACUGUCCAAAGGCUGAUUUAUUACGCUUCUAAGGACAUGAGAGACGACAAUAUCCUCAGAGAAAUAAGAAUGCUAACUGGGGAGGUGUUGGUGUCUCUCGCUGCACAUGAUUUCAACUCUGUGAUGUGUGAAGUACAAAGUAACUUCAGGAUCCUGGAGCUACCAAAUGAAUUCGUGGUGCUUGCCCUGGCUGAACUGGCAACGAGCUACGUGUCCCAAAGCAUUCCCUUCAUGAUGAUGACCCUGCUCACCAUGCAAACCAUGCUCUGGCUGGCCGAGGAGGAAAGGAUGAAGGGAGCCUUCUGUAUCGCCCUUGAGAAGUUCAGCAGAGCCAUUUACAAGUAUGUCAACCACUGGAGAGACUUCCCCUACCCCAGAUUGGAUGCUAGUCCUGACAAAAUCUUCAUUAUGUUCCGGUAUAUCAUGGACAAGUGGGCCACCACGACCUUGCCCACACAAAUUUUGGCCAUCAUUAAGGCUCACGGCCCCACAGUGAGCCUGCUGCUGCAUCGGGAAGACCUCUGUGAAUACGCCCUGGGCCAGGUCCCUUGGCUCCUGAAGCAGUAUAAAGACAAAGAGAUUGAUUUCCACGUCACUCAGAGUCUAAGACAGAUAGUGACUGCGGCAGUCCUUUAUGACGUUAGCCUUCCAAAGGCCUUGAGGAAGACCAUCUUUAUCAAUUUACUCCACCAGGUGUGCAGAGUUCUAGAUCCUCCAGUAAAGGAAAAUGAAGUCAAAGCUUCAGACUGUUUCCUCAUUCUAGCCCAUUCCAGCCCUGCAGACCUGAUAGAAUUUUUUGAUGAACAAAUGAGAAGUAAUAAUGAAGCCACUCGAAUGGGAAUCUUGACUUUGUUAAGAUCGGCUAUCAGUGCUGAAGAGCCCAAGUUGAGGGAUCACAUCACUUGAAUAGAAAAAACAGUCAAAGUCGUCAUGGGCGACCUCAGUAUUAAAGUGAGGAAUUCCGCCCUUCUCCUCAUCCAAACCAUGUGUGAAAAACGCUACAUUGAAGCCCAGGAAGGCUGGCCACUGAUUGACUACAUCUUCUCGCAGUUUGCAAUGUCCAACAAGAAUCUGAAACCAAUAAAACCUAACUCCCAGGAGACCGAAAAGGGAGAGAAAGGUAUCCAAGAAACAAGCCUGGAGGUCUUAAAAACCCUGGACCCACUGAUCAUUGGAAUGCCUCAGGUGCUAUGGCCAAGAAUCCUGACUCUUGUUACCACAAGAAAUAUAUGGGAAUAUACGGGAACGCUGAAAUACCUGUUUAAUAUCAUCAGAAUUCUGUUUAUGGCAGAGGAGAGGAAGAAGAAUAAUGCCAAGGAGUCAACAGCACUUGUCAUCUCUACAGGAGCUGUGAAACUUCCUUCACCACAACAGCUACUGGCCAGACUUCUGGUAAUAUCUAUGCUUGCCAGUUUAGGGAAAUUACAUGGGGUCGGUGCAAUAGGACUUUUGAAGAUAUUGCCUGAGAUGAUUCACCCAAAUUUGGUAGAGCUAUGGAAAACACGCAUACCUGAGCUCCUGCAGCCUCUGGAAGGAAAGAACACUAGUAUCGUGCUGUGGGAGACCAUGCUGCUUCAGUUGCUCAAAGAGUCGUUAUGGAAGAUCAAUGACGUAGCCUGGACCAUUCAACUGAGUCGGGAUUUCAACCAGCAAAUGGACAGUUACGGCAACACCUCUGUUGAGAAGAAAUUUCUUUGGAAAGCCUUGGGAACCACCUUAGCAUCCUGCCAAGACACAGACUUUGUAAGCUCACAGAUUAAGGAAGCUCUGGCUGCUCCCAACCACCUGGGGGAUCAACGCCAGGGAAUAACAUGUAUCGUAGUAUACUGUGCCAAGAACCACUUUGAAAUUGUUUUAAAAGUUCUUAAAACAUUCCAAGAUCGGGAAAAGUUUUUCAUGAAUCGAUGCAAGGGUAGUUUCUCUGGGAAAAACAGCCUGACCAAGACUGAUGUCAUGGUAAUCUAUGGAGCCGUGGCCCUCCAUGCUCCCAAGAGGCAGCUCCUCUCCAGGCUUGAUCAAGACAUUGUAUCCCAAGCCGUUCUUUAUGGCCAGUGCUCUCAGGUUCUGGGCAUGGCUGUGAUGAACAAGGACAUGGAUCUGCAGAUGAGUUUUAUAAGAAGUAUCACGGAAACUGGCAUUGCUGUCCAAGAUGCUGAGGAUGAGAAGUUCAAGUUUUCCUACAAGGAGGUGCUGCUGAGUUACAUGCUGGACUUCAUCAGGGAUGAGCCCCUGGAUUCCUUGGCUAGCCCUGUUCGGUGGAAAGUCUUAAUCGCCAUCAGAUAUUUCAGUAAACUGAAACCUCAGCUCUCACUGAAUGACCAUCUUAAUAUUCUUGAGGAGAACAUCCGGAAGCUGCUGCCCCUUCCACCUCUGGAAAAACUCAAAAAUGAGGGCAAGACAGACAAGGACACGGAGCACAUUCAUUUUCUCUACGAACGAUCCAUGGAUGCUCUGGGGAAGCUGCUGAGGACCAUGAUGUGGGAUAACGUGAAAGCAGAGGACUGUCAAGAAAUGGUCAACCUUCUCCGAAUGUGGCUUGUUUCACAAAAAGAGUGGGAAAGGGAAAGAGCCUUCCAGAUCACCACGAAAGUGCUGACAAACGAUAGUGAGGCACCAGAGAACUUUAAAAUCGGCUCACUCCUCGGCCUCCUGGUUCCUCACUCCUGUGACACCCUGCCCUCCAUCCGCCAGGCGGCUGCUAGCUCGGCUAUUAGUCUGUUCUGCAUAAAAGGCAUUCGCCUGGAAGUGGAAAGACUACAGGAUUUGCAGGAAGGGCUGCAAUGUGAUGAUGUGCAGGUCCAGAUCAAGAUUUCCUCCAAAAUAGCAAAGAUUGUCAGUAGACUCAUUCCAAGUGAAGAAAUGCUCAUGUUCCUGGGGGAAACCCCGGACGGUCUGGAGAGCCUCAACCCCACGUGUACAAAGGCAUGUGGCAUCUGGAUGAUCGCUGCCCUGAAGGAGCAGGGAGCUGCUUUAGAAGAUCAGCUGUCGGAGAUCUUGGGCAUAAUUUACCAUCACAUGCCGGUCCUCAGACAAAAGGAGGAAAGUUUUCAGUUUAUGUUGGAAGCCAUCUCCCAAAUAGCCAGCUUUCACACGGAUGCAGUUGUUGCCAACCUUUUACAGAAGCCUCUGCCCUUUGACAGUGAGACAAAGACACCGUGGAAGGCUCUGGCUGAGAUCCCAGCCUCCAGUGGCAAACUCUUGCGAGCCUUAAGAGACAAACUGGAGAAUGAGUUAGAAGAUGACCUCCCGGGGACAGAGGCGAUCUCCGUGGCCUGUGCAAUUUGUGAAGUGGUGUCGACAGGCACCCCUGUCGCAGGCCUGUACCCAAAGCUGUUCGCCCUUUUCCUGAAGCUGGUCAGCUGCACACUGGGCCAGAAGAUGCCCACGUCGACCCUAACCCGCCGCCGGCGGGUGAUGCAGCAAGGGGAGCGGCAGCAGAUCGCAGACCCCUGCAGGCUCUCGACUACAACUCUGAAGUGUGUGCAGGCCCAGGCCACGAAAGAAGGGCUGGCCAGAGAAUCUGACGACGGGGACAACAUGUGGACCCUCCUCAGCAGUCCCAGUAGGCACCACACAGGAGUCUGUGCACUGGCCAGGAGCAUGGCAGCGUGGCAACACAGACUCAUUCCGGACAUCACGGAACAACUCUUCCCAUCCCUGACCUCCUCCUCGGAGAACUACCGGAUAACGGGCGCAGCUUCCUUCUCUGAGCUCAGGAAGGAGCCAAUCCUUCGGAAGCACGGGAAUCUACGGGACGUGCUGAUCUUGAUGGAUCAGGGUGCCUGGGGCUCCAACGCCAUUCUGAGGCAAAUGGCCAUCCGGGGGCUCGGUAACAGCGCUUCUGGAGCCCCUCACAAGGUAAAAGGACACAAGCAGAUAAAGUUAGAAUCUAUCGUCAGAGGCCUCUAUCACCUGGCCCGCACCGAGGUCGUCUGUGAAAGCUUGAAGGCUCUAAAAAAGAUCCUGGAGCUGCUCACAGACCGAGAUGUAAGCUUCUACUUCAAAGAAAUAGUGCUGCAAACAAGAACCUUCUUUGAAGACCACAGGAGCAGGAAUGAUGUGAGGCUGACUGCCGUCCUCUUAUUUGAGAAUCUGGCAUCCCUAACAGGAAGAAGGUGGAAGAUUUUUUUUGCUGAAGAAAUAAAAAAGAGCAUGAUUUCAUUCCUUCUCCACCUCUGGGAUCCCAAUCCCAGGAUUAGAACUGCUUGCCGUGAUGUCCUGAUCAUCUGCAUUCCUUUUCUGGGCCUCCAGGAACUCUAUGGGGUAUUAGAUCAUCUCCUUGAUGGUCAGGAUCUACCAAGGGCCAGGGAUUUCUACAGGCAAUUCUGUGUGAAGCUGGCAAAGAAAAACCAAGAAAUCCUGUGGAUCCUCCACACACACUCAUUCACCUUCUUCAGCAGCAGCUGGGAGCUGAUCAGGAGCGUGGCCACCAAACUCACAGCUGCCAUUGUUCUCAAUUUGACCUACCAAUAUGUGGAGUUAAUAGACAGAGAACAGCUGACCACACGUCUCCAAGCACUUCGAAAAGACCCCUGCAUGAGUGUCGAGAGAGCAGCCGAAGCUGCCUUGCAGACCCUCUCGAGAAGGUGCAAAGAGAUGAGCAUCCAUCCGUAA